AUGGGGUUGACGAUUACGUACCCAAUACAGAUUAUUGACCUAAUAAUGAAUAACGGACGAGCUCGAGUGCCGAAGUGUGCUCGUUGUCGAAAUCAUGGUCUUAUUUCAAGUCUUCGAGGUCACAAAAAAGCUUGUGCCUACCGAGAUUGUCAAUGUCCCAAGUGCGGAUUGAUAAAAGAGAGGCAAAGAAUCAUGGCUGCGCAGGUCGCUUUAAAAAGACAACAAGCCGCGGAAGACAAGAUAGCGUUACAUUUAGCGUCUGUCGAGAGUGGUACAGCAUUGGAGGCUUUACCCCCUGGUCGUAUAUACGGCAUGCGAGUCACCGGACCUUGUCCUAGCCCUGGUCCCGAACCAGAUUCAGCUGUCGAUGAUCAAACUCCAAUACACAUCGAUAGCGAGACGAGUGAUUCUCUACCAGACUGUUGCAGCGUGACGCCUGAUUCCGUCGGUAGUUCGAAUUUAGCGACGCGAUCCAUAGAUUCAAAUGACGAAAGUUCAGGCAAUGUAAGUUCCGCGGGCUUGGAGAUGCUUCGCAAACUGUUUCCCGGUAAGAAGCGAUCUGUGUUGGAGCUGGUACUGCGACGUUGUAAUCACGAUUUGCUUCGUGCUGUUGAACAUUGCAACGCCAUUCAUGCUCCACGUGCCAAAUCAUCUCCAGGCGUUAGCUCUAUUUCGAAUCCUAGAUUUGAGUCGAUGUCUAUUUCCGAAGAAGUGGAAUCUAGAUGGUCUGCUUUUCGUCCAGUCGGGCCUCGGGCGCCACUGCUGCCGACGCUAGUGAUGGGUCGAGUGUGCGGGUCAGAAUGGUUGGUCCCGUUGCCGGCGCUACCCACACUCUCUGCUCCGCUGUUGUUACCACUCCAACACCAGCAUGCACCACCUACAUCAUGUACUCCUGAUUGUAGACAGUGCAACAGCCACAAUUGA